CACUCUCUGCCAGGGCAGGGGGACACUGCAAAGAGGGACACAAGAGGCACAGGCUCCGGAGCAAGGAGGAGACUGAAGAGGAAGGACCCCGUUGGCUGUGCACCUCUUCCUCUUCCUUCUCCUCCUUUUAACACCUCCCACCACCCUGCCUGCUCCUCUCCGGGGCAAUAGCACAGGAGGCUCUUGUUCCUGGCAGCUUUGGGACACACCAGCAGCAAUGGCAACGCUCACUCUGGGCCAGAUGCUGGAUGCUGCCCUCGGGUCAUCGAGAGCUGGAAUCAUCGACUUUGAGCAGCUGCACAACCUCCUGAAUGGGAUGCUUUUGCACCUGGGUCUGCGGGAUCUGCUCGUCCAGGAGAACGGGGAGCCACUGGAGGGGGCCGAGGAAAGCCCUUUCGCUUUCCUUAAGGAGUUAAAGGAGAGAGUGGAAGCCAAUGAAAAAGAGCUCGCCGAGGUGAGGGCUCUUUGCCAGGAGCUGCGUGAGGAGGUCAACGAGGUGAAGCUGGAGCAGUCCCACAUGGCAGAGGACAUGCAGUAUAUGCUACAGAACUUUAACAUGGAAGAUUUCCAGAACAUGAUGGAUGAGCUCCGUAACCAGCUGAUGGAGUCUCUCAUGUCUGCCAUGAAGAACAUGCUGGCUGGACCCAGCUCCCGAGACAAGAAGUCUGGCCACCACCUCCUGGACUCAGAGGAUGACCAAGGGCUGAUUGUCAUCGGCAACGAAAUCACCCUCGUGGAAAAGCCCAAGACACCAAGGCACGGGGACAGCCAGCCUGCCAGCCCCCUGUCCCCCAACGGCAAGACACAGGGCAAGGGGAAGGAAGAGAAUGCGGGCAGUGACAUCGUGUCCAUCGGGGAAAAUGACACGGGACAGAACGGGGGACGGGGCGGCGUGGGACGCAGGGGCGUGGGACAGAAGGACACGAGACGAAAUGGGCAAGGGGGUGACACGGAGCAGAAGGACACGGGAAGGAGCGGGAGAUGGAGCACCAGAGGACGGAAUGGUGUGGGACAGGAUGAGCUAGGACAGGAUGACAUGGGACAGAAGGACAUGAGACGAAAUGGGCAGUGGAGCGAUGCAGGACAGAGUGACAUGGGACAGAAGGGCAUGGGGAGGAAUGUGAGAUGGAGUGACAGAGAAUGGAAUGACAUGGGACAGGAUGACAUGGGACAGGAUGACAUGGGACAGGCUGAUAUGGGACAGAAGGACAUGGUACAGGAUGACAUGGGACAGAUCAAGAAGGAAGAGACCGAGAUACACAUCUCUGAGGUAGAGGCUCCUCCCAGCCCCCUGGGUAUUCCCCCUGAGGUGACCAGCAUGGGAGAGAUCAAGGAAGAAGAGACCAAGAUGGGCAUCUCCAAGGCUGCUCCCCAUGCUCAGAAAAAGGGUUUGGAUGGCAGUUUGACCACCUCAGAAAUGCACCCAAGAGCCCCUGGCAGCCAUGUCCCGGGGCAGCGGGUGCAGUCAGUACGAGGCCACCCAGGAUCCCAGAACCUCUGGAUCCCAGCCGAGAGCGUGGCUGGGCCUAGCAGUGGCAGCAGGCUCCCACCAUCCAAGGAGGCACAUGGAGGCGGCGUCAGGAUGGAGGCAUACCCAGCUGAAGCUGGACUGAUGCUCCUGAGGGUGCCCUCCUCCGAGUACUCACCUUGUGAACCGCUUGUGAAGCUGCCUGGCCAACGCCCUGACUUCAUCUCAUCCACGCCACCGGCAUCCCCCGGCCUCUCCAUGCGCCUGCCCCAGCUCCGCAGGCAGGAGCCCAGGGAGCAGCCAGCCGAGGGCUAUUACCGCAGAUCACCGAUGUACUCGGGCGGCAAACACACCAGCGUCAGCCCCGUGCAGCCCAUGGAGCCGCUCCUCCCAGACCCCAACAUGCCCGGCACGUACGACCUGAUGGGCAAGGAUGGAGUCUUGUACCGGGGCCGGACUUCCCCGACGGACUGAGCAAGCAGCGCCGGCCUGCAGCAAUAAAGGGAGCCCACCAGGC